AUGCCCGGCGGUGCGCAAGGACACUCAACAAUUCUGCAAGGUCUUGGCCCCACGUCGUUCAAUUGGCACGGCUCCAUUCCCACCAAUCAGGCAGAUACUCACUUUGAGCCAAAUUUUCGCCAAUUUGACUUUUUCCUAGACACACAAGCAAUGCCGGACGAGUCACUUGCUGAGCGGGUAUAUAAGGUACCGGAGGGCGAGUCGCAUUGGAAUCUUCGCACCUUCUGGGGGCAGAACCUCCGCUGCAUGCCCGUUGUAUUUACGAGUUUAGCCGGCGCAGCCUUUGUCAAUUUUUUUUACACUCGCUUUCUAAAUCGCACUGGAGCGUCCAUUCGGUGGUCGUUUUUGAAAUGCUAUGCUGCAAUUUUUGCGUGGAACAAUUUUACGAAGUUUGUUGCAAGGGAACGGUACUUUCAACGUGAUUUUCAAAGGAAUCAGCUGUAUUCAUUUGACGAGAUGCGGGACCAGCGUGAUCGACAACGUGUGCGCGAGGCACUGUAUGAGAAGCAGUUUGUCAAGAAUCCCAUUGCGGAAUAUCGUGUGAAGGCCUGGCAGGUAGCGGAGAGAUUUGCCUAG